CUUCCGGGGCAACGAAAACUUUGUUGCACGCUGUACUGGUAGAGUGUGGAGUGCCUCAGCAUGGCACCUGACCCCUGGAAUCGUAUUUCUGUGCCCAGACCUGCCAUUCAGUGCCAGCUGAGCGUGCCCCCCGGAGACCACACAGAAAAGGGGAUGAAGAACCUUCAUAAUAAAUGUUCUGCUGUUCACUCCUUUUUGAAGAGCGAAACAUUAAAUGCCGAAGUUGCAACACUGGAUUCCAUACUGUACGUGUAUCACCACAAGCUGAGCUGUCAUAAACCGUACCUAGCUUUAAAACAGGUACAACAAUGUACAAGACGGAUAAAGUCGAUGGGCUUAGAAGACUCCAUGAAAGAGAUGAUGGAUUUAUGCCCAGUGAAAAGCGAGCUUGAAGGUGCACAGUAUUGCACUGUCCCAUGUCAACCUAUUUUGGAGCUGGUGUCUAUGAAAAUUCUGGGUUCCUGCAAGUUACUAGUACGUCUCAUGGAUUGCUGCAACAAGGCCUGUCGUUUAUGCUUACAGCAUCUGAACUUGGAGGAGUUCAUUAUCCUAAAUGUUGUGCUGCUGGGAUUGUUGAGUCGUUUAUGGGUUCUGCACAGAGGACUGUUAAAACUUCUCAUCGCCUUGUAUAGCCCACACAUUUCUCUGCAGAAAGAGGUGUCAGCCUUUCAGAAAAUGCCUUACUUUAAAGACUUUGUGUUCCCUGAUAAUAUUGAAGACCACAUUGGUUCUGUUUUCAGUGAUUUUGUUGGAAAUAAACCACAAAACCCGUUUUCUUCCAAAAAAGGCAAAGCGCAAUUUCAGAGUAUAAGAUUUGACCGCAGUAACCUGGGUAGAGAGGAAACGAUGGGUGUAAUCAAAGAUCUUGAUAUAAAAGAAACGAAAGCAUUUGUUGAUGUGGGGCAGCCAAUACAAAAGCAGAGAUUUACUAGAGGGAAGCUGGACCCCUUUGAUGUUAAAACAUUAUUUCUGCCAGUAAAAGCAAGCAGUUUACAAGGUCUUUGCUGUAAAAAGAAGUCAAAUGAGCCUAAGAAAAAAUGGGGUUUGUCACAACAAAACAGAAAAAGGAAAUGUGUAAGACACUUGAUGCCUAAAAUUCAGGAGGUGGCGGAUUUUAAAGCUCUCUCCAAACAGCUGCUUCAUGCAGUAAAAUGGUGUAAAGAGAGGAAACUGAAAGCAGAGGCUGUGUUCUUUAGGAAUAGAUAUCUGCGAUGUAACAGACUGAGAUGUACUGAAGCCUUAGGAUACAGUUUACCAAAGAAGCUGCAGUGUUGGAAAAAGUCCAUAUGUCACCAUUUGCGCAAGCAGACUCUGAGAAAAGAUCACCUAAACGGAUGGUUAAGGAUACAACCAUUUCAGCAACCUUGGAAACACAUGGUCUCUUGCCCACAAAGACACAGAAGAGUUAAAAAGAUAGGUUUUAAAAGCUCUCCACUGUGUGUAGAUUUGUUUUCUGAUGAGCCGGCGCCGUCUUCUGCUCCCAAUGAUGCUGCUUUGAGACCACCGACAUCUGAGCUCCACGAGUCCAGCACUAAAGCAACAGAGCAAUGUCUUACUGACGCUGAUGACAUUGAUGAUAUAUUCUCGUCAAUUGGAAUUUAACAGACUUCACUAUGUGUAAGGAUGAAUUGUUAUGGGAAGCAAUAAAUGCACAGUAU